UAUAAAACAAUCUCCACAGAGCAAGUCGGACCGAGUGAGGGGUAACAGAGAGGAGUGGAACUGGGAACACCGGAAAUGUGGCGAUUGGCGCGCGGACGUGACAGACGCGGGAGUUUUUUAUUAUUUAUGGUGGCGUUGUGUAAAAGAUUGUCUUCUGGUUGCGUAUAAUUUUGAUUGUGGUAUUUUAGUUAAUUAAAAAUUGUUUUGUAAGGAAUAAAACUUCCUAGGUUGAGUGUUUUGUUACAUUUAUUAUUUAUCGUUUGUGAUUUCCAAGAUCAGAAGUGGGAUUACCACGCGUUUAGACCGUUUGUUAUUUAAAUUUAGUACUUAUUAGUGUUCAGUAUUGGAGGAACCUCAUCUCGGCCGUAAGUUUUAUUUCUUAUAAAAGCAAAAUGUCUGGUCGUUCGUAUCUACUCGAGGGACAAAGGCAUAGUCGCGAAAAACGGCGUUCUAGUUGUCGCGAAGCACGUCGCGAUACUGUAGAUUCCCGUUAUACGCCGCCUGGUAGAAGCCUCUAUAGUAGUUCAUCAAACCGCCGGGAUCGGUCUUCCAGGCGUCGUUAUGUAUCGCACGGCCCUCGAGGCUCUCGUAAACGCCGCGAUAGUUCACGCUAUGUAGCUUUUGAUAGGAUUCUUAGUAGAUUAGAAGUGAUCGAAGCUAGACUACCUGUAUCCGUAGAUAGCGUGAGUUCGUCGCGUCCUGUGAACGGGAGCCAUUUAGUUUCUACUUCUUUGGCUGUACAGAGUUCUGCUAGUAAGCCAGGCUCAGGCAUGGCUGAAGAGGUUAUUGAGGGUAGUAUUCCACACACACUGGAUAUAAAUACCAGUGAAGCAAAGGAGGAGGGGAGCAGUAUUGUUGAAGCAUUGACUGCAUUGUUCAAAGCAAAGUCUAACAACUUUUAUAUAUCGCCUUUUGAUCCAAAUGUACACGACUUUGAUGUUUGGUGCAACGAGGUUGACCGUGCCCGGCUUCUAAAUAAUUGGGAUGAUCACGAAUGUUUAGGACGGAUAGGUAGUUGUUUGAAAGGAGAUGCGAAGUUGUGGUUAAACGAUUGGGUGACAAAUGAUCGAUCGUGGAGUAAUUUUAAACUAGAAUUUAGGUCGUUAUGUCCACGUAACGUUGACAUGGCUUCUGUAUUAUUUGAGGUAAUGAGUACAAACUCUAAUAAGUUUUCUACUUAUGCGGAAUACGCGCGUAAAUCUUUGCUACGUCUUAAUAUCGUUAAAGGUUUAUCUGAUGAGCUGAAAACCGCUAUUGUUGUUAGAGGCAUUAGUGAUCCCCAAAUAAAAGCCGCGGCCGCAAAUGCUAAAUUACACUCAAAAGGUUUGAUUGAAUUUUUAUCUGUUUAUAUAAAACCUAAAUACGAUUACCGCCAAUCUAACAAUACCGUUCGUUCUUUUAGUAGUUCAGGUCCGUCUUACACGCGAAACCGCGAGGCAUCUAGGUUUGAUAUUAACAAAAUUACUUGUGACACCUGAAGGACAUUAUGAAUAUUUGACAAUGCCCUACGGGUUGGCCAAUGCACCAAUUGUUUAUCAGAGAAUCAUUUCCAAAACUUUAAAAACAUAGAUGCUGGCAAAGCCCUUACGUAUAUAGACGACGUUUUAUUACUGUCAAAUUCAGACAGUAGAGUAAGGCCUUGACACGUUGAAAGAAGUUUUACAGACAUUAAAUACAGCAGGGUUUUCGUUUUCUAUUGAUUUAAAAAAAAAUUACCUUUUUAGACUCAGAAAUUGAAUACUUGGGGCGAUUGAUUGGUCAUGGUCAGGUUAGGCCGAGUCUGGGGAAGGUCGAUGCACUUAUUAGAUCUCCAAAACCCACAAAUGUCAAGGAGGUUCGCCAGUUUCUAGGCUUAGCGGGAUAUUUCCGUCGCUACAUAUCGGGUUAUGCUUCUAAGACUGAAUGUAUAGCAAAGUUGUUAAGAAAAGGGUUACCAUUUUUGUGGGGUGCUGAGCAGGAACUGCUCGCGGUUAUAUAAAUCACUGUUUGACAAAUGAACCGGUUUUAGCGAUAUUCAAUCCCCGGCUGCCUACGGAACUUCACACCGAUGCAAGUGCUAUUGGUCUUGGUGCUAUUUUGUUACAGGAACAUGCCGGUGGGAGAAAGAGGGUCGUCGGUUAUUUUAGUGAGUCCACCCGGGGCGCAGAGUCGCGGUACCACAGCUGUGAGCUGGCUGUUAGCUGUCGUACGUGCGCUCAGCACUUCCGCCACUAUUUGAUUGGUAAUUGGUAUAGCCUUUAAAAUAGUGACUGAUUGCAAUUCAUUAAAAUUGACGGAGCGUAAAAAAGAUCAGUUGCCUCGAGUUGCGCGCUGGUGGGUGUAUUUACAAGAUUAUCGAAAAGGGGCUUAAAUGCAAUGUGUAAUGUAAUCCUCCUCUUCCCACUGCCAAUGUGUCUCAUAUUCGGAAUCUGAGCAGCUGGGCGAAGAUCGCUCAAACCGCUGAUGUGGAGACACAAGAGUUAAUUUCUAGAUUAAGAGACGGGCAGCUUGACGAUACUAGGUAUGCGAUAAAAAAAAAUGAUUUGUUGUACUACAAAUAUACACCAACUGGGGAAGACCCGCGACUCUUGUGUCCGACCUAAAGGGUCACAGACUCAGCUUGUUGAGGGUGUUCCACGAUGAACAUGAUCAUAUUGGGACUGACAGAACAACUGACUUAAUAUUAAGACACUUUUGGUUUCCUAGUUUGCGACAGUUUGUAAAUAAGUACAUAAGUCAUUGUCUUGUAUGUUUAGCACGUAAAAAAAAGUUCCCAGGGCUCCGAGGGCUACUUUCUGUACAGACAAAACACUGACGAGCUAAAACGAGGUUUUUCAAUGCGGAGUCAUUAUUUGGUACACCGUCUACAAUAGUAUGUGACCGCGCUAGAAUGUUCGAAAGCGCUACAUUCCAAAAUUGGGUCAGUGAUUUGGGAUGCUCAGGAGGCAACAAAGGUUCCCAAUGGUCCGAUGUGCUGUGGAGGAUGCAGCUCACUUUGAAUAUCUCCAAGCAAAGUACCACGCAUAUGUCACCACUACAGUUACUGGUCGGUAUUGACGCAGUUACUCCAGUCAUCAGAUCGUUAGUGCGAGAUGUGGCAUUUACUAACUCUAAUCCCAAUCGGGAGGCUCUUUUAACUCUUCGCAGACAACGAGCUUCGGAACUCCUUGCAACUAAUCAAUAGCGCCACGAUGCCUACGUUAACGAGGGUCGACGGCAGCCACUCACUUUUGCUGUCGGAGACUUUGUGUUUGUGAGCAAGACUGCACAAAUCACCGGCAAACUGGACUCCGGCAUGCGCGGGCCGUACAAGGUUAUUCGCGCGUUACCGUGCCACCGUUACGAGUUAGAGUUACUAGCUGGUUCCUAUGGGAAAAAGACCCAAGCUGCAGCUGAAAAUAUGAUGUUGUGGCAAGGCGAGUGGACGCCGGAUGCGUGCUCAGUUUUUUUUGAGACUGAGACUGCAUUAGACAAUAAUGAGCAGGUUGCAAGGGAUGAAACAAAUGAAGAGAGAAAUGGCUCUGAUGCUAGUGGUGCAAGUAAUGCUGCGGUCGAGGACGCCGCACUGUCAGGAACGGCCGUCUUAUAAAACAAUCUCCACAGAGCAAGUCGGACCGAGUGAGGGGUAACAGAGAGGAGUGGAACUGGGAACACCGGAAAUGUGGCGAUUGGCGCGCGGACGUGACAGACGCGGGAGUUUUUUAUUAUUUAUGGUGGCGUUGUGUAAAAGAUUGUCUUCUGGUUGCGUAUAAUUUUGAUUGUGGUAUUUUAGUUAAUUAAAAAUUGUUUUGUAAGGAAUAAAACUUCCUAGGUUGAGUG